AUGCCCCCCGCCGAUUACUACGUCCGCCUGCAGCACGGCAUCGCCGGCGGCUUUGCCCCGCCCACGCCGGACUCCGUUUACACCAUCGCCCGAUCCGACGGUAUCGCGUCGCUCGCGAUAACGGCGGCAGUACGCCCAGACGGGACGCCGGAACUCCAGGAAGCCGCGCCAAAGUCGCUGGCCCUCGAUGAUGCCUCGGGAACCCUUGUCGACGAGCUCCAUUCGAUCCUGAGGAGCAUCCCGACCGAAAGCCCGCCGGGGAGCGAGGACAUCUACGGGCUCGACACGAGCAUCUUCUGGGGGAGCGACGACCUCGAAUGGUAUAACGGAGGUCCCCAGGGCUGUGGCGGCGGGUUUAGUGAGGUCAAGGCAACCGAGGAGGACAAGACCAAGUUCAAGCGCGCAGUCGAGAUUAUCAAAGAGCUGGUUAACAAGGUGCAGUAG